AUGGAAAAUUGGCUAAAAUACCACACCUUAUGGCCGAAGUUGCAAGGUGAUAAUACAUCUACUGAUUCUUCUGUGUGUAGUGAACAUGCUGAACAGCCAGUUGCAGCUAGUGAUGAAAGAGAAUCCUUGCAUGAACUACAUACCUCUACUUCUGUGGUACAAGAAUCAAGAGCUAGUAAAUCACGUAUUAGGAAUUCAAAGAAGCACAAAUUUGAUGACAGUUACAGAAAAUUUGGUUUUAUGUCAGUUGGAGACGAAAAUGCUCCUGGUGGACAAUGCGUUGAAUGUAAUCAAGUUUUGACUAAUAGUAGCUUGAAUCCUGCAAAACUGAGGAGACACCUUGAAACCAAACACCAACAGUUAGUUAACAAACAUAUUGAUUAUUUUAUAAGAAAACGAGAUCAGUUAAAACAAAGUUGUUUCCAUAAAAAAAUUGCUCACCAAGACAAUAAAAAUGCACUUGAAUCAUCAUACCGAGUAGUAAGUUAUCACAUUGCUAAAGCUGGUGAAGCUCAUACAAUUGCAGAAUCUUUGCUAAAAUCGUGCAUGAAAGAUGUAGUUUUCUGUAUGUUUGGUGAGAAAUAUAGCAUGGUUCUUGGCACUGUACCUCUGUCAGAUGACACCAUAUCACGUCGAAUCAAAGAGAUGGUAGAUAAUUGUGAAACCGUGUUAAUAAACUGCAUAAAAACAAGUCCUGUGGGCUUCACCAUUCAGCUUGAUGAGUCAACCGAUGUUGCCGGGUUAGCUGUCCUCCUUGUGUUUGUACGAUAUGUGUCAGAUGAAUCUGUGCAUGAAGAUCUGCUGUUGUGCCAAGCUCUCGAGACAACUACAAGAGGUGAGGAUAUAUUUAAGAUAUUAGACACAUACUUCACAAAAAAUGAUCUUAGUUGGGUCCUUGGCAUUGCUGUUUGCACUGAUGGUGCAAAGGCAAUGACAGGCUCAGUAAAGGGUGUAAUUGGUCUUAUAAAAAAUGUUGCACCUAGACACUGUUGCUUCCAUAGAGAAGCACUAGCUGUGAAAAAGAUGCUAAGUGAUCUAAAAUUUCAUCUAGGCGAAGCCUCUUCAUUCUCAAGUGUUUGCCUCAUUGUGUCAGGAGAUGGGAUCCAUUCACAAAACACGUUGUUACAUACAGAAUUGCUGGCUAUCUCGUGGUAA